UUUAAGUCCUUAAGGAUUGCUCUAUUAGAGAUAAAAUUAACUUGUUCAAAUUCUUAAUUACCAUGUGGAAUUAUAGGGUUCACCAAGAUUGAGUGGAACAACUCUAUUAUUUUUGCACUAUUGGAUAUGCUCUUAAGAUCCAUUUUUCUCAUCAACUCGGGAGUUUAGUUUUUUUCUUAUAUAAAUAUAAAUUGUGCUACAAGUGAGGAUUUGGAAAGAAAAGAUGGGUGGUUUGGGAAUAUGGAUGGGUUUGAUUAGCCUGUGUUUUGUUUCUGUAUCAGCUAGAUCAGGUCUGCUCCAACGCCUAGAGCACCCUGUUAAAGCUGAUGGCUCACUUAGCCUUGUGGUCAUUGGAGACCGGGGAAGGAAAGGAACAUACAACCAAUCUCAAGUUGCCACUCAGCCAAAUCCAGUUCUUAACCAGUGGUGGAGGUUCAAAGGCAUGGAAAGGAGACAUGGAUAAAGAUAAGACAGAUGGGAUCAAGUUUUAUUAUGAUGGACAAGGAUUUAUGUCCGCGGAGCUGGAAGAAACCAAUGUCAAAGUUGUUUAUUAUGAUAUUUUUGGGAAAGUUUUGCAUGUUGUGAAUCUGCCCAAGGGGUUAGGUACUUCUGUCUCUGCCAUAUAGAAGAUGGUUUCGUGUUUCAAAGAGGCAAUAGCACCUUCAGCCUCAGCCUCAGGAAACGAUAGUUAAGUUAUGUUUUGCAUCCAUUAAUUAUUGCACAAAACAAAACCAACGCCCUGUCUGUUACUCCUUUGCUCUAUUCCAUGUUUAUGAACUGCGGAGAUGGCUGUUAUAGUAUUAUAUAUGUCCACAAUGUGAAUGAAUCCCUUCAAUUAAUUUGGCUGCAA